AUGAGUAACGAUCAAUAUUAUCAACAUCAUCCACGUACGAUUAUACCCGUGACGGUAAAUCCUAAUGAUGAUCAACGUUUUAUACGUUUUCGUUCAUCUAAUACACCAUCAAAUGAUAUACCUGACCGAAUGAGUGUACGCAUGCGUGAUUUUGAAGAAGAAUGUCGACGAUGGCGAGAAAAUUUUUUUAAUGAAUCAAGAUUCGAUUCGAGUGGAUUUCCUUCAUCAUCAUUAGCACAGACAAGACCAAGAAUGCGUCUUGAUUUUCCUGAUUUUCCAGAAUUCGGUAGUAUUGAUUGGCCAACAUUUCGUGGAUCAGCACCAGGUUUUAGUUCAACAGCAGCAUCGGGUGCAACACAUCGAUCAUUUAUUGAAGAAGACAAUGAUGGAAGAAAAAAAUAUAAAAUUCAAUUUGAAAUUGGUGAAUUUAGACCUGAAGAAUUAAAUGUUAAAGUUGAAGGUCGUAUGUUAAUUGUAAAAGGUGAUCGUCAAAUGAAAGUUGGUAAUGCAACUGAAUCAAAACAAUUUAAUCGUGAAUUAACAUUACCAGAAUUUAUUGAUGUUAAAACUUUACAAUCAUAUUUAUCUGACGAUGGAAUACUCACUAUGGAGGCACCUGUUAUUUUAGAUCGUGUUUAUAAUAAUACAGGUUCAUCAACAUUAACAUCAUCAAAUCCAAAUCGUCUUGUUGAUACGACAUUUACUAGUGGACGACAACCAUUAUCGAAUUAUGGCAUUGGUAAUAAUCAAACAGGUUCAUAUUCAUCGACAUCAUCAACAUCAUCAUUUCGACAAGACGGUUCUGGCUUACGUGAAGCUAAUAGUUUUAAUCGAAACAGUCCAUUACGUGAUCCAUAUUCAUCAACAAGUUCAGCGUCAACUCUUAUUGGUGGUAAUACUAAUCAACCAUCGAACACAUUUUCAACACUGACAUCAAGACAAAAUUAUUCAACUAAUGAUGGUUUAAAAAAUGUAACAUAUAAAUUUGAUUUAAAUCAAUUUGUACCUGAAGAUAUAGCUAUACAAGUUAAUGAUACAAUGUUAAAAGUAACAGCUGUUAAACAAGAACGUGAUGGACAUAGUUCGACUCAUCGUGAAUUUCGACGUGAAAUUGGUUUACCGGAUGGUGCUGAACCAAAAAGUUUAACAAAUACAUUAAGUGCUGAUGGUAUUCUAACAAUACAAAUUCCUGUACGUGAUUAUCGACCUCCGUUAACACCUACAUAUCAAUCACAACAUCAUAACUUACCAACAAAUAUUAAUACAAAUGAUUCAUAUUCAUUUGGAGAUCAACAACUGAAACUUACAUUUGAUUUAAAUGGUUAUAAACCCGAUGAUGUUAAUGUUAAAGUUAAUGAUAAUGUAUUAAAAGUUCAAGCUUCUCAUGUUGAUAAUACAGCUGGUAAUCAAAUUAAUCGUGAAUAUAUGCGAGAAUAUGUAUUACCAGAUUGGGUUGAUGUUGAUAAUUUACGAGCUAAAAUGAGUGAAGAUUCAACACUUACUAUUGAAGCACCUAUACCACAUGAUCGUGUAUCUGCAUUAAAUCGUCAAAUUAAGAUCACGCAAUAA